CUCCUCCCCCGCCUUCUCUCUCUAAACACGUUGUUUGCUCUCUCUCUCUCUCUUCGUUUUUCUUUUUUUUUUUCCUUCAAAAGUUUUUUUUCGUUCUGUGAAAAUUUGGUUGGUUGAAUUUCAAAGUCGCGAGCGACGCCGGGGGAAUCUCAGGAUCUAAUUCCCAGAUUCCGGCGACCGUCCCGGCCUGGAGCUCAAUGGUUAAUCAGGUUUGUCGUGCCGGUAGUUCGCAGAAAAUAACACAGAUUUAAUUCCGAUUUUAGGAUCCCGAUUUCCUUGGAAUUUCUUCCGGUCGGGAUGCAAAAAGGGACAAUGUCGAAGGUUGUCUACGAGGGAUGGAUGGUGAGAUAUGGGAGGAGGAAGAUCGGAAGAUCGUAUAUCCAUAUGAGGUAUUUCGUGUUGGAACCUCGGCUUUUGGCGUAUUACAAGAAGAAACCGCAGGAUAAUCAGCUUCCCAUCAAGACCAUGGUAAUUGAUGGCAACUGCAGAGUAGAGGAUCGAGGAUUGAAGACGCAUCAUGGACAUAUGGUUUAUGUUUUAUCCGUCUAUAACAAAAAAGAGAAGCACCAUAGAAUAACGAUGGCAGCAUUCAACAUCCAGGAAGCACUAAUGUGGAAGGAGAAAAUUGAGUCAGUUAUAGAUCAGCAUCAAGAGUCCCCAAUUGCAAAUGGUCAGCAAUACGCUUCUUUUGAAUAUAAGUCUGGAAUGGGAAUCACAAGAACUGCUUCAUCUUCGGACCAUGAAAGCCAGUUCAGUGCACCCGAGGAUGAAGAUAAUUCUCAUCGUAGUUUAUUAAGGAGGACAACGAUUGGAAAUGGGCCACCUGAACAAAUACUUGACUGGACUAGGGAGUUUGACGCAAAGUUAUCAAAUCAGAAUACCAACAACCAAGCAUUUUCGAGAAAACACUGGCGUCUCCUUCAAUGCCAAAAUGGGCUUCGGAUUUUUGAAGAGCUUCUUGAAGUUGAUUACCUUCCAAGAAGCUGCAGCAGAGCAAUGAAGGCUGUUGGUGUAGUGGAGGCCACAUGUGAGGAGAUAUUUGAGCUUGUGAUGAGCAUGGAUGGAACUCGUUAUGAGUGGGACUCCAGCUUUCAGUACGGGAGCUUAGUCGAAGAGGUGGAUGGUCAUACAGCAGUACUCUACCAUAGGCUUCAGCUUGACUGGUUUCCGAUGGUUGUGUGGCCUCGUGAUCUCUGUUAUGUUCGUUAUUGGCGUCGUAAUGAUGAUGGGAGCUACGUGGUGUUGUUUCGUUCUAGGGAGCAUGAGAAUUGUGGCCAACAACCUGGAUAUGUUCGGGCUCAUCUUGAGAGUGGAGGAUUUAAUAUCGCCCCACUGAAGCCACGAAACGGGAAGCCCAGAGCACAGGUGCAACAUCUAAUGCAGCUCGAUCUAAAAGGAUGGGGUGUGGGUUAUCUUCCGGCAUUUCAACAACAUUGUCUUCUUCAAAUGCUGAAUAGUGUUGCUGGUUUACGCGAGUGGUUUGCACAAACAGAUGAUAGAGGUGUUCCUCCCAGGAUCCCUGUCAUGGUUAAUAUGGCAUCGACUUCGUUGAGCUUGAGCCGAAGUGGAAAACCUCAGCAUCUGUCUGCCCUUUGUGCUGACCAAGCAAAUGCUAGCAGCAGAAACUCUGUGCUAAUGGAUGAAGACUCAGAUGAUGAUGAUGAAUUUCAAAUAGCAGAAUCAGAACAAGAGCCUGAAACAAAUAAGCCAGAGACUGAUGUCAAGAGAACAGAAGAACCUGCUCACGACAUCGAUCUGUCGUGCUUCUCGGGAAACCUACGGCACAAUAAUAAUGAGAAUGCCCGUAACUGCUGGAGGACUUCAGAUGGCAACAACUUCAAAGUUCGUAGCAAGAGCUUCUGUGACGACAAAAGAAAGGUUCCUGCUGGGAAGCAUCUAAUGGAUCUCGUUGCUGUCGAUUGGUUUAAAGACACUAAGAGAAUGGAUCAUGUGGUCAGACGUAAGGGCUGUGCUGCACAAGUUGCUGCAGAGAAGGGGCUAUUCUCAUUGGUGGUAAAUGUUCAGGUUCCCGGAUCAACACAUUACAGUAUGGUAUUUUAUUUCGUGACGAAGGAACUAGCACCCGGAUCCCUCUUGCAACGAUUUGUAGAUGGUGACGACGAAUUUCGGAAUAGUCGGCUGAAGCUUAUACCUUCAGUUCCUAAGGGUUCGUGGAUAGUACGCCAAAGCGUGGGAAGCACACCGUGUCUUCUGGGGAAAGCGGUGGAUUGCAACUACAUCCGCGGUCCUACCUACUUAGAAAUUGAUGUCGAUAUCGGUUCAUCAACGGUCGCGAAUGGAGUCUUAGGUCUUGUCAUUGGAAUGAUCACAUCAUUGGUCGUCGAAAUGGCUUUCCUUGUACAGGCAAAUACACAGGAGGAAUUGCCGGAAAGGCUGAUCGGGGUGGUUAGGGUUUCUCAUGUAGAGCUGUCCUCGGCCAUAGUCCCGAAGCUGGAGUCAGAUUAAGGCGCCAAGCCCUAAAACAUUCACAUUGGGGCUUCCAUAUUUGCUGUGUCAUAUAAACAGGUUCUUGGGUCAUUCUUCUUCUUUUAAUAUCGUUUUGUUAAAGUCGAAAUUUUACAGUAAGAAAGGAAAAGCAAAUAAUAAUUUGUUGCAGGAGUGUGGUUCCUCUAUGCAAUAAUAUUGUGUUUUGCCAUAUUCUUUAGUGUUCGUCUUAUCGGUAACUUAAUGUACACUAGUCACACUUACCUGAAUCCAUUUCGGAUUUUGUGGGAUAUA